GGCCUGCAGCGGCCGCCGACGCGGCGGGGCUGCAGCGGACGCAGGCGCCCGAGUCACCAGCCUCCCCGCACGGCGCGGCUCCCGACUCGCCGGAGCGGCCCCGCGGCCUGCAGGAAUUCUCCUCGGCGAUGUCUCUGGUGUGGAGCGCGCUGGAGGAGUGCAAGAUCGAGCCCAGCGCUGCGCCGCUCUGCGUGGAUGCCCGAGCGCCGUGCGCCGAGACGGCGGAGUCGUACAGGCCGCCUCUCCCAGAGGGCGGCAACGGUCAGCCCGGGGCGCCCGGCGCGCCGCCGGCGGAGGCGGCGGACACGUUCAG